AUGUUUGAUUACAGCAUCUUAUGUUUCCUUCAUUUUCUCGACAGAAUAGUGAUGAACUGCACCAACCUCACCACCUGCCGAGACAACUUCUCCUGCUACAGUACUUCAGUCGAAGGCUACCGGUACUUCGCCGUGACGUGGGGAUGCGCCAUGACCAUCAUCGGUACGGUGGGGAACCUGAUGACCUUCCUGGCCUUCGCCUUACAGCCUCAUCUGAGGACACGCUUCAACAUGCUCAUCCUCAACCUGUCUCUGGUUGAUCUCCUCUCCUGCUCCAUCCUGUAUCCCGUCUCAGUCGACGCCUAUCUACACCUCAGAUGGCGCAGUGGUCAGCUGUGGUGCAACAUCUUCAGCAUGGUCUUCUUCCUCCUCAACGCCGUCUCCAUCGGCACCCUCUGCCUUAUAGCAGGGGCCAGAUACCUCAUGGUCGCAAAGAGGGCCGUGUUUGACCGUGUCUUCUCCAAGCUUGGUCUUUCUUUGCUCAUCAUCUCACAGUGGGCACUCGGCCUGGUCACCCAUGGCCCGCUAUGGCAUGCCAACCGGUUUGACCAAAAGAUGUGUGUAUGCACCAUCAACCAUGAUAUUUACCAUCCCUACCCCAUCAUCCUGUUCACAUUCUACUUUUUAGGCGGUCUGAUAUGCGUCGGCACAUUCUACUUCCUCAUCUACAGACAUGUCCGGAAGUCAACACAAGCGCUCCGCCGCCAUCGGUUCAGCCCCCGGCGCUCCCGGAAGAGACCAGCUUCUCCAGUCCGAGACACCAUCGACAGCGGCAUCGAGAGCAGCACGACCAACACAUGUGGCUGUGAGACGAGCAGCCAGAAUGAGAUAAAUAGUGAACGCUCCUCCCAAUCUGCCCAAAGCUCUGCCGCUGCCGAAUCAGCCACCGAGUCUCACUCUGAGGUCGUCACUACGUCACCCUCACCCACGCCUGCGCUGGCAAACGUGUCCUCCUCGCCGCCGCGCUCCACGGCUUCAGGCGAGGAUGAAGAAAAGACACACGUGGCAGUGAUGUGUUUAGCUGUUCUACUGGGUUUUGUGUUCUGCUUUGUCCCCUUCAUGUUGAUGAUGUUGCUAGGAGCAGUCGACAAAUGCAGUCAUGUCCCACAGGUUUUCUACAUGUUCUGCUUAAACAUCUCCUGGAUCAGCAGCUGUAUCAACCCCGUGCUCUACGCUGUCAUGAACAGACAGUUUCGACAGGCCUACAUCGUGCUGCUCACGAGGGCUGCUGCACCGUUCACCUGCCUCUGGGUCAGCGGGAGGGACAGUUCAACCUAAAAUCAAAAAUGCAUGUUUUCAGGAUGUUUAUCCCUCAGGACUGUAUGGCUGUGCGUUGUCGAUCUGUAGAGGUAGAGCUGUCAGUCUGCUUGUGAUAAGUGCCAGAAAAAUCCCUCUCAGAUAUCAUCACCUGGUUUCUCAAGAUAAUUU